AUGUCUUUGAGCCAAGAGUCUACAGCCUCCGACCUGCGGUUGACGAAGGCAUCGUCCCUGACACCAGUUGACAGAUCUCUCUCUCUCUCUUACCGGGAGGUUCCACAGAUGGAGAGCUUAUGGCGAUCAGUAACCCUUGCGAACCCCGACCCCUCAGACUACACCGGCAUCGAGUUUUGGUCCAGCCCCGAGCGCACCGGUUGGCUCAACAAACAAGGCGAGUACAUCAAGACCUGGCGUCGCCGGUGGUUCGUCUUGAAACAAGGUAAGCUCUUGUGGUUCAAAGACCCAUCGUUCGUCACCCGCGGUUCUAUUCCACGUGGCGUGAUCACAGUGGCCAAUUGCCUCACCGUCAAGGGUGCCGAGGACGUCCUCCACAGGCCCUUCGCUUUCGAGCUCUCCACGCAUAGCGACACCAUGUACUUCAUUGCGGACUCAGAGAAGGAAAAGGAAGAAUGGAUUAAUUCGAUCGGACGGUCCAUUGUUCAGCACUCGCGGUCGGUUACGGAUUCCGAGGUCGUCGAUUACGAUAGCAAACGAUAG